AUGGCGGAAGUUCCGAAGGGUUAUAUAUCUAUUGUUGUGGAAGAGGCAACGGGAAAGACACAGCGGGAUCAGUUCACAUGGGACACGAAUGCUGGAGCGUUCGAGGCGUUUGUCAAAGGCAAGUUGACAGGACAGCUGAGAGACCGCUUGGCGCGUUUGGCACAAACUCGAAAAGCUCCCCUGAUUGGGGAUACCAUAACCUGGCGCGAGGAGUUGCGCAUGGAGUUGCUUGAAGGCUCCAGCGAGCUGCGGCUCAUGUUGUGUCGUGAGAAGUUUCAAGGCAACAAGAGGGGUACCUCUGUGGUGGCGGCUUGUGGUAUCUACGUGAACGAUAUCCUCGAAGCCGUGCCAAUUGACAAAUAUUUCGAAUUAUUUAAGCCCAACGCUGGUGGAGAAGGCGGCUACAUUCGUAUCCGAAUGAACUUUGUGAAGGAUCUGGCGGAGCUGGACAACACGCGACCAGAUGGGUGCCUCCAGCCGAACGUCGCAUUUGGGCAGCAGCCGCCAAACACGAAAGAUGCCGUAGGGCGGCUGACCGGCGUUGUGUCGCCAGAGACAGUGGACGAGGUCGCCAAGCGGGUUACCACGAUGGGCACGGAGCCUGAGGCACCGGGACCGGUUAAGUCAACCGUGGUUGGUGGCAAAAAAAACUUUAUCCUCCCGCUGGUGCUCGUUGCGGUUGCCGGCAUUGCGGCGCCAUUAAUCGCGAAGGAGAUUAAGGCAAAGAAAGACCGUCGCAAGUAAUCAUUUGAAUUAGUCAUCUGCAUAGCGCUCGUUUUUUCAGUCUGUUCUGGAUCAGGUCUGCAAUUUAUCUUUUUACAAAGAUUGAGCGGGUCCACAACAGCAAGGGGACAGUGGUUCUAAUUUCACUUGUGCAUGUCAAACAGGAUACGCAUUAUGUACUGAAUGCUGGCGGCAGGGCAUGUGGCAGGGUAUGCAUGGUGUAUGGGGAUUCCCGUGGUUGGGUAUGGUUUAGGAGGUCAUUAGCAACUUGAUGUCCGCAGGGUGCCCAUGCAAGCAGGGCCAGCGCCAGACAGUUAUUCCUUUUGUACCUGUAUCGCGGGGCGUUCUUAUGUUUUCAUUUGUGUAUGUGUAUUUUGCUCUGUGCUCAAUGGGUCACAAAGGUAUGUUUCUGUUGGAAUUAUGCGCCGGAACGGGUCUUGGUUGCGCCACACCCCUGGACGUCGAAACGUCUACGGGGUGAUAGACUUAUCCUUCAAUCUGCGGUGUUCGCCGCCGUUGCACACGACACAAGCGUUGAGCUGGGAAAGGCGAAAACCCAAGCCUUCUGUAAUAUCUCGUGAGCC